AUGUCAUCUGAAGGAAAGAAGAGCGAUCCCGAGCUCAUGAUGCCCGUUGACAAGACGGCCACGGUGCAGGAAGGAUCAGAGAAGUUCAAGCGCCUCGGCUGGAAACGCCUCACAAUCUGCUUAAUUGUCGAAGCCAUCGCCCUCGGCUCGCUCAGUGUUCCCAGCGCGUUCGCGAAGCUCGGAAUGGUCGCUGGUGUCAUUAUGACAGUCGGACUCGGUCUCAUCGCAAUCUACACGAGCUACGUGGUCGGCCAGGUUAAGAUGAGGCAUCCCACGGUUAACCAUUACUCGGACGCCGUGCAGCUCAUCUGGGGGCGCUUCGGAAAAGAAUUGACGGGCGUCAUGUUCGCGUUGUUCUUGAUCUUGCUGGUCGGUUCGCACGCCCUCACUGGAACCAUUGCGUUUAUCAAUAUUGUCGACAACUACACCAUCUGUGCGCUCGUCUGGGGCGUGAUUUCCAUGAUCAUCCUGCUAGUUCUCGCGCUCCCGCCGACCUUCGCCGAAUUCGCAAUCUUGGGGUACAUCGACUUUGUCAGCAUCAUCGCGGCUAUCCUGGUCACUAUUGUCGCAACGGGCGUGCAAGCGCACAAUGCGCCUGGUGGUCUCGCCGCGGUCAAUUGGUCCGCAUGGCCACCUGCUGACACGACCUUCUACGAAGCGUUCCUGGCAACGACCAACAUCAUCUUCGCGUACUCUUUCGCCGUGUGCCAGUUCUCUUUCAUGUCGGAGAUGCACACGCCAAAGGACUAUGUCAAGUCCAUCUGGGCGCUCGGUCUCAUUGAGAUUUUCAUCUACACCAUGACUGGUGCGCUCAUCUACGCGUUUGUCGGCCAGGACGUCAAAUCCCCCGCUCUGCUGUCUGCCGGCGACACCGUCUCCCGCAUCGCAUUCGGCAUUGCUCUUCCUGUCAUCUUCAUCUCUGGAAGCAUCAACGGUACCGUGGUCGGACGCUACAUCAUGGACCGUGCGUUCCCCAACUCGCCUAUUCGAUACGUGCAAGGUGUGCGAGGCUGGGGAGUGUGGGUCGCCCUCAUCUCCGUCGUUACGGUGAUCGGCUGGAUCAUCGCUGAGGCCAUUCCUUUCUUCAACGCGCUAUUGGGUCUUAUUUCAUCGCUGUUCAUUUCGGGCUUCACAUUUUAUUUCCCCGCCUUAUUCUGGUUCCAGUUGGUGAAGAAGGGCAAGUGGAACGCUGGGUGGAGAAACAUCUCGCUCAGCAUCCUCAACACCAUUGUCCUCAUCAUUGGCAUUGUGGUCUUGGGCGCCGGUACAUACGCGAGUGUCCAGGAUAUUAAGACGCAGUACACUGCUGGCUCGGUCAGGAGUCCGUUUACAUGCUCGGCGAAGUCGUACACAGGAUAG